AUCCGCUGAUCAUGCAACCCUGGUUUAUAUUUGUUGUUUUAAACAUUGCAGUCAAAUGAUUUUUAAACAAUCAAAAAAUGCCUUCUGUCCGACCGCUGGUGACUGUGGUGCGGGCCGGGCGGCAUAGCUAUUCAGCAGGACUACAGCUACAGCAACGUCUGGCUAGGUCCAACCAGAUCCUGCAUCCGCCAGCGGAGUUCCGAAACUACCUGGUGCUUCAGGAGCACGACCCGGUCUACACAGUCGGACUGAGGACAAAGGACUAUACGGCGCAGGAUGAAGACCGACUUCGCCGGCUAGGAGCAGACUUCCAUCGCACAGAUCGCGGUGGCUUAAUCACAUUUCACGGCCCCGGCCAGUUGGUGGCUUAUCCCAUUCUGCACCUGGGCCAGUUCAUGCCGAGCAUCCGCUGGUACGUGGCGACGUUGGAGCGGAUGGUUGUCGAGGCCUGCCACCAGAUGGGCAUUCCCAGUGCCAAGGCGACCAAGGACACCGGUAUCUGGGUGGGUGACAACAAGAUCUGUGCCAUCGGUAUCCACGGCUCGCGUUACGUCACCACGCAUGGAAUCGGCCUCAAUUGCUGCACGGAUCUGCAGUGGUUCGAGCACAUUGUGCCCUGCGGAAUCGAAGGCAAGGGGGUCACCUCGCUCAGCAAAGAGCUGGGCAGACAUUUCCCUGUCGAGGAGGCCAGUGGCGCACUCCUCAAUAGUUUCGCUAAAGUUUUCGAAUGCCGACUUCAGGAACAGGCCACAAUUCCAGCAAGUGCUGCUGAAAUCGGUUAAUAUGGUUAUUUUGAUACAUAUUAUGUAUAAAGCACCGCCAAGGUAAUUUCAACAUUUAUAAAUUAAGAACGCAUAAAUACAUAUUUCCUGGCCUUGUGUUACCUCAACCUUAACGAAAUGGAAAUGUGUAAACUAGAUUCAAUUAUUGCAUAAAAUAUUAAAAUAAUAAUAUUACUAUAUACAUAUAAGGUCCCAUUGUCAAUCGUAUUUAUCUAUUUUCUUUUUUUCCAAAUCGGAAUCAAAGAUAAGACUAUAAAUUACACUUCAACGGAGAUCACACAAAUCGAGCCUUAUUCAGGUCACACUUUUUGGAGCGCCCAUCCGUGGGAAUCUUUCCCCGUGCAUUCAUCUCCACACGAGCCUGUUCCCGCAACUCUGCCUUCCGCAUUCGACGCUCUUUGCGUGACUCCAGAGCAUUGUUAAAGUACCGAUCCCUGAAGUCCUGCGAGGGCGUUGGCACCUGUGUUAUGCCGCCCAAUAAGGGUUCUGUUGGACUAUACUCGAAGCACUUUUCAUAUGUGAGUAGCCGCCUAGCAGUAUUUCCAGUCAAUUGCUGCUCAGAGUUAGCUACCAGGUUCAGAUGCUUAUGCUGUGGCAGCAUCUUGGGGUCGUAGUCCUCGCUGUGAAAGGGUAUCCAGCAGACAAGACGUCCUCCCAGUCUUAGGUGCUUCGCAGAGAACUCGAGAAGGUCCCCAUAGAGACUCUGCAAGGAAUAGUGCGACGUUGAUGGGUAAUGCACCAUGCUCUCACUUCUAGUGUUAGCCUUUACGCUAGCCUUUUUCUCCACUUUUUCCGUAGCCUCUCUUAUUCCAUACGGAGCUUAAAUAACCAAAGAAACCGGCCAGAUGAACAAUUUAAGUCGGGUAUAAAAAUGAAUACACUUACGAUCUGUAAUUAUGCAGUCGAACGAGAUGCGAGGGUGCCACACCGGGUUUGAGAAGUCGGCCACCACCACAUCCAUGUAGCGAUCAGCGCAGCCGUACUGCUUCAAAUUGGCCCGGAUGCUCUCGUCCUUCUCACGCACUUUUUGGGUUAUCCGGCUCGGCCGGCAGCGGGCAUGCACCAUCAUGUAGUCUAUGUCCGCUCCCAGGACAUACCCGCCCCACUUGGCGGCGCUUACCAGAAGCGAGCCCGUCCCCACAAACGGAUCGAAGACCAGAUCCCCUUCGCGUACCAUCGCCUGGUUGGCCAUUAGCAGGCUAAGCUGGGCGUCCAUGCUGGUGUUGCCGAUGAACUUUCGAUGCUUCAGCGAAAGCUCCUUGAUCAAAUGCCGCUGACCAUGGGCCACCAGCCGACCAAACAGAAUGUCCUCCGGCUCAGGAGGCACGGCCGUUGGAUCCAAGCCCCAAAACUCGAUGUACCACCACUCCACCUCGGGUUUCUUCAGGUUGACCGCUCCCUCUAUUGGCAGGUAAUCCAUGGACUCGAUUUUCUCGACCUUUUCCCUUUGGCUGAAGUGCUUGUUGUAGGUCUCCACAACGAUUUUAAAACUGGCCUCCACCCGAAAGUAUUCCGCAAGCGAGUUCCAGUUCGUGGUAACAUGAUUCCGUAGCCUCUGGUGAAACUCGGGUAAUUUGUGGGAGUGGGCGUAGAGCUCGAUCAUGGCACGCAAAGAAAUGGACCUGGAUGCGUAUAGCAACGCAGAAUCCGUGUCCCGAAAUUCGACCACCCAAAAUGGUUUCUGUAAUAACGAAAUUAGAUAUAAAUAUAACUAUUUAUGCUGGUGCUUUUAUACAAAAGAAUUUAUAUAGAAUUUAUAUAUAUCCUAUAUAUAUAUAUACAUAUGCCAGGUAUCAGGUAUCCUAUCGAAACCUUUUAGGUUUUGUAGUUCCUGAGAUCUCGACGAUCGUAUAGGCUUUAUAAUCGUAUAUAAUUUAUAGCCAGUAACGCACAUUUUUUACCUGUUGAAUACAUUUUUGAAAAUCUAGUUUACCCUUUUUCUUCCUCUUACAAGUACAUAUACAAUUUUAUUUACGUUCAAAAUAUUAAACAUUGUUAAUAAAACGCCAAGUUUAGAAAGACUUAUAAGACACAGGCUUAUGAUUUUAAAGGGACGGUGGAAUUUGUUAAUCUUGUGUUUUUGUGUUUUUUUUUUAAUAUUAAUAUUAUAAGUAUAUAUGAAAAUGUACUUUCAAAAUUCUGGUACUUAAUCACUUUACCCUGGUCUGUUCUGUAAGCCGGCGGGCCUGAAGUCCAAACAUUUUGAUCAGAGACUCAAACUCUUGAACUCGAAAAUCGACAUGCUCCUGGGCGAACCACAAGAUAAACUUUCUCCAGUUGCCCAUGUCGCAAUUUUAAUUAAAGAAUUGUUUAUUUAUAUUUUAGGGCGACUUCAUUACUCCUCGUGUUAUUGCUGUGAGCUAGCGGAGUUGCACUGCGAUUAGCUGACCAUCGGCAACUAUCGGCCUGAACUAUCGAUAACACAGCCUGGUGCAGCCCUGAGUGCCGUCGACUCGGCCAUUUUGCAUAAAUCUUGCAGCCACACGUAGGCGAGCCGAAGAUUUUUACAAUUUUCAGCAGCCCCAGGUCUCAGAACGCUCCAGACCUGCUAUCAAAAUCAACUUAAAGUGCUGCCGCAA